AGCCACUUCAGUUCCCUCCGCGCCGCUUCUCCGCUGUUUCCGUUCAGUUCCUUUGUGCCGCGCAGAACGUCGAGAUGACGCAUGCGCAAAAUCCACCCGCUGCAUAUAUAAGUCCGAAGCUGGGCUCUUCCUCAUAGCGCCGCUAGGACCGUUGGCGGAGAAGGGUGUGUGGCAGUUUUCGGGUCUGUUGCAACCUAGGCACUGCGCGCUAAGAGCCGAGCACGCGGGCCAGUCGUCAUGUCGCGUUACGGGCGGUACGGAGGAGAGACCAAGGUAUAUGUUGGUAACCUGGGAACUGGUGCUGGCAAAGGAGAGUUAGAAAGGGCUUUCAGUUAUUAUGGUCCGUUAAGAACUGUGUGGAUUGCAAGAAAUCCUCCAGGAUUUGCCUUUGUGGAAUUUGAAGAUCCCAGAGAUGCAGAAGAUGCAGUGCGAGGACUCGAUGGGAAAGUGAUCUGUGGUUCCCGAGUGAGAGUUGAAUUAUCAACAGGCAUGCCUCGACGAUCUCGUUUUGAUAGACCACCUGCCCGACGUCCCUUUGAUCCCAAUGAUAGAUGUUACGAGUGUGGAGAAAAGGGACAUUAUGCUUAUGAUUGUCAUCGCUAUAGCCGACGAAGAAGAAGCAGGUCAAGGUCUAGAUCACAUUCGAGAUCCAGGGGAAGGCGAUACUCUCGCUCACGCAGCAGGAGUAGAGGACACAGGUCAAGAUCAGCAUCUCCUCGGCGAUCGAGAUCUGUAUCUCUUCGUAGAUCAAGAUCCGCUUCACUCAGAAGAUCUAGGUCUGGUUCUAUAAAAGGAUCGAGGUAUUUCCAAUCUCGGUCAAGGUCAAGAUCAAGAUCCAGGUCUCUUUCACGACCAAGAAGCAGUCGUUCCCCAUCAGGAAGUCCGCGCAGAAGUGCAAGUCCUGAAAGAAUGGACUGAAGUUCUCAAGUUCACCUUUUAGGGAAAAGUUAUUUUGUUUACAUUAUUAUAAGGGAUUUGUGAUGUCUGUAAAGUGUAACCUAGGAAUGGUGUAUUUCAACCAUCUAAUCAAAAUGGAUCUGGAUUAUUACUCUGUAAAUUCACAGCAGUAAGAUAAUACACAUUUUUGUUGAAUGUAUUAACAUCCUAUGAUCUGAAAUUGUGGGUUUUUAUUUGGCACAUUUAAAUAAAAUGUUUCUAACUAGAAUUUUGAUUUGUGUUCAAUAACUUUUCAAUUUGGUAAACUUGAGUCAAACCUCGAUUAUUAGUAACUAUAAUUAUAUAUAAUGGUGUUGUUAAGUCUUGAACAUGAUUGAUUCUGUUCUAUACAU